AUGUCUAUCACUAUCAACUCUGCAGUGAAGCUCAACAGCGGAUUUGAAAUUCCAUUGCUGGGAUUUGGCGUCUAUCAAACUCCACCUGAUGAGACAGAGAAGGCUUGCCUCGAGGCCUUCAAGGCCGGCUACAAGCACAUUGAUUCUGCCGUGAUGUAUCGCAAUGAAUCCGGUGCGGGAUCUGCCAUGAAGAAAAGCGGCAUUCCCAGGUCAGAUAUCUUCUAUACAUCCAAGAUCCCACAAAUACCAAACAGUGGAAACGACUACGAGAAGACAAAGUCACAGGUCGACCUUAGCCUGAAGACUGCUAGUGUUGACUAUAUUGACCUCAUGCUAAUUCAUGCACCCUACGGAGGGUCGGCGAACCGCAAGGGAGUAUGGAAAGCGCUCGUCGAGGCUGUGGAAGAAGGCAAAAUUCGCAGCAUCGGAGUGAGCAAUUACGGGAUCCACCAUCUCGACGAGUUGGAGACCCACAUUGCCGAGCUGGAAGAGGAGCGAGGUGGCAAGGGAAAAGGCGGUGUCAUAUCCGUGGCUCAAUACGAAGUCCAUCCAUGGUGUGCCCGAACUGACAUCGCUGAAUGGUGCGCCAAGAGAAACAUUGUUCUCGAGGCCUACUGCCCCGUGGUGAGAGGCAAAAAGUUUGACGACCCAGAAGUGAAGAAGCUAUCAGAGAAGUACGGGAAGACCCCUGCACAGAUUCUCAUCCGAUGGAGCCUCCAGAAAGGAUAUGUCCCUCUGCCUAAGAGCGUGACGCCGAGUAGAAUUCAGGAAAAUGCUGAAGUUUAUGAUUUCUCAUUGACUGAUUCCGAGGUUGCCGGGUUGGAAUCUCCGGAGUAUAGCCCUAUCGCUUGGGACCCAACCAAGUCAGCGCUGGAUAACUAG